AUGCUGCUGUUCGCCAAGUCUGUACUGAUGAUAAUCAGCUUCGAUGCUAUUGUAGACACGUAUCUCUUGAAGGGUGCUCUUGCCAUCCGUCUCAACUCCGAGGUUGCUGCUCUUCGUCACUGGCAGCAAGUUCUUUCAACUGGUAACGAGGUCGCCUGGCUUGGCUCUGCUUCCAUCGAAGAGGUCAGCGCGUUCAUGCUGUUGUGCACGUUUCUACUCAUGCGUAUGCAGCGUCUCGCUUUUCGGGAGGUUCUUUGCGAUCGUUUACACGCACAGGGCAGCGUAUUGCAGGCAUCCGAUGUCGCCAAUACGUCCACAGGCAUAUGCACGAGCGCGCAAGCUUCUCUGCGCAGAAAUGUCAAUUCUCCACGCUCCUCGUUGGACACUCCUUCGGCCCCACCGCAAUCGCCUCGUCCUACACCCCAGUCUCCGUCAACUUUUUCAUCGCCUGGCUUUCCUGAUCCUCACGACGCAAGACUGGCGGCCGCAGGCGUCGUCUCGUAUGCACCGCCGCCUCGAGCCGGUGUUGGCUAUAGGCCGAGCAAUCUUCCUGCAGACUACGAAUGUAGGGGCGAUCGUUCUAAUCACGCGUGGUACGUUGCGUGGAAGAGCCGCCGGCCGGGGAUCUACUGCAACUGGGAUCAUGUUGAAGCUGCUCAUGGGAAUUGUGGCCGCAAGCGUCUCGCUGAGGGUCAUAUGACGUACGCUGCAGCCAUUCAGCAGUGGGUCAAGCUUCGUGACGCGGAUGAAAUCAAGCGCUGGGCCUAA